AUGGAUACUAAUUUAAAACCGAUUAUUGUUAUAAAAAUUCGUAGUAGUAGUAGUAGUAUUAGUAGUAGUAAUAGUAGUAGCAAAAUAGAAGUAGUAGUACAUCUCAGUAGCAAUCUUUUAAAAGUACAAUAUCAACAUUAUCAUAAUCAACGAGAAUUAAUCAAAAAGUGUCAAUUGAGCAAAGAAUCAAUCAAUCAAUCAAUCAAUCAAUCAAUCAACAUCAACAAUAAUAAUAAUAACAUUAGAUUAGUAUCACAUAAGAAUUGUAGGAAUCUGACAUCGAAAUGCGAAUCAUCAAAAUCACUAUUUUCAAUUGUAAAAUCAUCUUUUGAUGGAAGCAGUAGUAGUAGCAGUAGUAACAGUGGAAACAGCAACAGCAGUAAUAAUAGCAGUGCGAACAACAGUUACUCUAGUCUUGAAGCAGUUUUAAAUACACCUAUGGGAGGCAGUGGUACUGUUCGUGCUCUGAGUGUAUCAUGUACGAUUCAACCGACUUCGAUGAUUGGAAACAGAGGAUCUACCAAUCUCACUUCCAACAGCUUGGCAUCUGCAGGCAAGAGCGGAUCAUUUUGUAGUAAUAGUAAUAUAUAUAGCAACAGCAGCAACAGCACCAACAACAACAACAACAACAGUUUUAGUCUAAGUAGUAGUGUUAAUUUAUCAAAUAGCAAUACCAGUAGUAGUAAUUUAUCAAAUAGCAGUGGAAGUAGUAGUAUGGGUGGAAGUGGUAACAGUAGUAGUCAUUUUAAUAAUUUAUCAAACAAUAAUAAUAAUAAUAAUAAUCAUCAAAAUAGUAAUAAUUUUAAUAAUAAUAAUCAUUGUAUAAAUAAUAAUAUUAAUCAAAAUAGCAACAACAAUAGUAGUAAUAGCAGUAGUAGCAGUAUAAAUAUAAGUGCAUCUUUAUCGACAAAUGGAUUGAUGGGUGGUUCUUCACCAUCUUCAUCAUCUUCACCUACGACCAGUUCCACCAAUUUUCUUUCACCGCUUUCACCUAAAUCCAGUACACUCUGGACUCCUCCAUCUCUGCCCAACUCGCUAGAUAAUCCGGCAAUGCGACCGUCCAACCUGGCGAAAUCGCACGAUCCAAACAGCUCUGGUGCCAGUGCGUCGUAUACCAACUUGUUGUCGCAUCAUCAUCACCAUCACGUGCGUACCUCUCUCACCUACCAAUCACUGGCGAUCGACAACUUUAGUGAGUUUGAGACGAUCGUCUUCAAUCCAUCGAUGUCCACUAUCAACCAAAAGCUGAUAUUCGUCGAGAAGCUCUACUAUCACGCCGCCUGGGAAGAAGAGUCAGAGUUUAUCUUGCGAUUGGCACUAGAUUUUUACAAUCAUCUAUGUACGCAUCGUACCGACCUUGAGAAUGUGCUGAUUGGCAUGACACCAAGCAAAGAGAUACAGCGUCGUAUCAAAAAGUAUUUCUAUAUCAAUCCCGACGUCGACAAGAAUGCUAAAUCCUACCAGAAAUUCAAGGGACACUGGGAUCUGCGUAUCUCACGUCAAUCGCUGGUCGACAACAUUGCGCAUUGGGGUACAUCACAGGACGACAAAGAGUUGAUACUGAAAACAGUAAAAGAGUUUGCAAAUCAUCUAGACAAAGAACGACUUUCACCCUAUGACAUUGUUGUGAUAAAGAUACCAAAGAACUGGUCAUCUUUAUUCUCGAUGGAUUACAAUAACAAUAAUAAUAGCAGUAGCAACAGUAGCAAUCUUCAUUCUCACCAUCAUUCCGGUACACCUAGUAGCGUAAGCAGCAGUAGCGGAUUCAGCACAAGUCUGCUGAGCAGUGGAAUCGGAUACUAUCACAACACAAUGGAUCCGAAUCACCAUGAAUUUGACGAAGGAACUUUCCUUUUCGCUCGUUACCUCGGUGAAGCCGAUCCACUUGGAUUGAACUGUUUCGUCUGUAUUCAUCCAGAUGAGCGAACCAAGAUUCGUAUUCCACACAGUCGUGUUGUAUCGCUGGGUAUGAUCGAUGUUUUGAUUCCACAGAUACUCGGACCCGACAGAUCCAAGCUAGAACGUCUCAUCACCAACCCAUUCGAUGCAUUCUCAACGGAGCUCCAAACAGCGGUCAAAGAAACCACCAAACAAUUCCUGGUGAAACAAGGUUUCAAUGUCGAUAUCCUACCAAAUUAUGGCAGCUUUUUCGGUGGAGGAAAACCUGUUUCGCUCGAUGAGCUCAACCAGUUAAAGACCAAGAUCGCUUCGCUCAACGGAAAAGAAGAGUUCUUUUCAUCAAUCGACCAAAUGUCUACGCAAUUCACUCGUUUCUUCUCACAGUAUCUCAAAAAGGUGUAUAUGUAUGAAUCAAAAGGUGAUUUCCAAAACUAUUACUAUCGAGUCACCGACAGUGGACAACAAACUCCAGAGUUCACUGAGCAUCUCGUCAAUGAAUACAAUCAUCUCUACAACAACCAGAACAACCAGAAUAUAAAUAGUAGUAUACAGACUUCACCUUCGUUGGCAUCGGUCAACGCAGCAAUGCCAUCGUCAUCCGAUCUACAUCACUCUGUCGAUAUCAUCUCGGAGGAGGAGUACGUCAAUGCCACUGGAUACUCACACGUCAAGCCAUUCACGUUCAUCAAGAAGCAAUACACCAAAUUUAAGCCGUUCAUGCCUACACUGAGGACAUUGAUCAACGACAUCGAGAGUGGAAGAACCUACUGUUUGAAAGCACGUGACUCUCUGCAUACACUGAUCGAGGAGACCAACUUGGCAAUCGAGAAGAUCACCGUCGAUUACAAUGCUAUUCUCGUUGGCACCAAGAAGAAUGAACUCAUCAAAUGGUGGUUACAACUUAUCAGUUCGACAGUCGACACCUACCUGUGCAGCAAAGGAUUCUAUCAAGGAGUGGUCCCCAUUAACUAUAUCGACGAACCACCCUCCAGCAUAUCAAAAGUCAAAGAAAACCUUAGAAUUGUCAAUCUUGUACUUCGUCCAUCAACACAAACCGAGUACGAUGACCGUCUAAAGAAUCUUAUGGCUCCACUUAAAAAGAAGAUUUAUCAUCAAAUCGAUGAAUUCCUUUGUUUAGCUGAAAAUUUAUUACUUGAUGUUUUAAUUAAAAGUAAACAUUUAUUUGAUGAAAAGAUGGAAUUGGAUAAGAGAGAGAAUUGGGAUUUACGUGCGAUUAUGGAUGUGUUUAAGAAGCAGCCACCUCAGCAUCAAGAUAAACCUAUGGAAGUUUGUAGUUUGAUCAAGGAUAUCCUGUAUAUUCGCGAGAUGAAGAAUCUAGAGGAGAGAUUCUAUAGCAAUGAAAUACUGUCUGCAUCACAUCCACUUGCAAGUGGAGAGAAACUUUCACUCUCUGACAUCGUACCGAUAACCGGUCUCAUCUUUAGUAGACUACUGAGAAUAAAACAUGAACUGAGAACAGUCAUCGAAGUAUUUGGACAAAAGACAUCUGUACGAUCACCCUUUCCAAACAACCAACAACAACAACAACAGCAACAGCAACAGCAACAGCAUCAACAACAACUAAAAAUAUUGAUUGAUUUUAUAAACCAACAACAGCAAAAACAAGAACAACAACAACAAAAACAAGAACAACAAAAACAAGAACAACAAAAACAAAAACAACAACAAAAACAAGAACAACAAGAACAAGAACAACAAAAACAACAACAACAAUUAAAACUCUUAAUUGAUUUUAUAAACCAACAACAACAAAAACAAGAACAACAACAACAACAAUUGAUUCAAUUUAUGAACCAACAACAACAACAAUUGAUUCAAUUUAUAAACCAAAAACAAUCACAGCCAUAUCUACAAAUUAUGUUCGAUGCGUCUCCAGAGUCUAUAAUUGGUAAUAUCAUGGACCACGGAGUGAUUCGAGAUGUACUUAUCGAUAGUAUAAAGAGUAUUUCAGUCUUGGAAGGUGUUGCUAUGUUAUAUGGUCCAAUCUCAAUUUCAGUAUUAGAUCCCGAAGUGACAAGAUUAUUAGAUAAUAUAAUGCAUCAUCAACCUUUAAAUGAAAAGAAAUUGAAAAUAAUACUUCUCGAAUCACAACCACAAGGGAAAGGGAUUGGUCAUAUCUCAGUAAUGUUUGGCUUCCAAGAUAAUAGUUUCUUUCAUAUGGACUCAGCUGGCAAUUUUCACUUUUCAACAUUAGGAAAACUAGUAAAUUUAGGAACUAAAAUUACCGAUGUUCUCAGUAUGAGCACCCUUCCUCCUCCUCAACCACAAAAUUCACAUCUAUGUGUACUAUUUGUAUCCUCAUUGGAUACUAUGUACCCUCGAUCCACUCUAGAUAGUGUUUCACUUCCAAUCUCAGUUGGUUUACUCUUGAUGAUUACUAGAAGUGAGCAAGUUUGUCAAAUACAGAAACUUCUUUAUCUUUGGCGUGCUGGUUUCGCCAUUAAUUCUGUCAUCGAAAUGUUCCUCUACGGUCCAUUAAGUUACUUCUUUGUUAUUAUUCUUGGAGGUGGCAGCAAUAUUGACAUCAACACGUGGACUGUUAUGCGUAUUCUUAUUCUAUAUGGAACUGAUGAGGAUGUACAGUAUUAA